AUGAGUGCCGAUCUCUUGGACCUCGACAGCUUUUAUCAGAGCCCUCCGUCACAACAAAACCAACCGGGGGGCCAACAAGGCCAGUUACAACCGCAACGCCCGCAGCAAGUAACGGCAUCGUCGACGGACCUCUUUGACUUUGCCUCCUUUACUAGCAACAGCAACAGUGUCGGCAGCAAGCCCGCGGCGGCACCCGCUCCGGCUCAGCAAACCGUACCAUGGCCUAGAUUUGAGCCGCAGCAACCAAGUGGUGCUGCCGGCGGUGGCAGUAGCAGCAGCGGUGGAUGGGGUGAUUUCGGCGCUUUUUCAUCGGGCUUCACCUCCUCGUCGACAUCAAACCAGCAGCCGAAGCAGAAUCUGCAGAACGUCGAGGACGAUGACGGAUGGGGUGACUUUGAGGUUGCGGAACCUACACCCACUCAGCGCUCUUUCGUGCUACCCCCGCAGACGAACAAGGCGAGGUCAUCACCGCCGCCUAGGAACCGUAUCGCGCGCGCCUCGACGUUUGAUCUCAUGACCAACAACCUCGUCAAUGUCGUCGACAUGCCCUAUGGCUCGGGCCUGUCGCCCAUACCCAGUCCUGGCCUCCCGUCGCCGAACCAGCAACCCGGGGCCAGUUCAGGACCUUCAUGGCAGCAGACAAACCGACAACCUAGUCCCGGAUUAUCGUGGCAGACUGCGAACACCAAACCGGCAAUUAGCCCAGGGUUCUCAUCUCAGGCGUCCUCGGCCAAGCCGCAGCCGAGCCCUGGAUUCUCCAGUCAAAUGUACGGAACUCAGAAGAAGUCGAGUCCGAAGCCAGCUAAACAGUCGGAUCCUAACAUUCUCUUUGAUGCUGAAGAGUUCGAGCUUCAAGGAGACAACGAUGACGAUGACGAUGAUGAAUUUGGAGACUUCGAGACUGUUCAGACUCCCUUCCCAGGCGCGGACAUGAGCCCGACCCUGGACCCAAGGCCGCCGACCCAACAACAGCCAUCACCGCAGCCCGCAAAGCAACAACCACCUUCCAUGGACCUCCUCUCUCUCGACGAUGACUUCGCUCCAGUCUCGCAGCCUCCACAAAAGAGACCUCAGCUCUCUUCUUUGAAUCUCAACGCGCCCACAUCGCCGUACCCCCAGGCUCCCAAGUCGCCCUCCUUCCAGGAACGUAACCCCUUUCCAGGGCUCGGUCUCACCACACCCACUUAUGGCGACUUCAAGAAGGAGGAAAAGAAGGACGAGAAGCCCGAGUCGCCUACGCCUGUCACAGCCUGGCCAGCUUUCGGACAGACCUCACCCACGAAGCCUUCCGCCGCUAAGAAGCCUUCUGCUACCACCAAUCUUCAAAAGACGCAGGAGGAGGACGAGUGGCCAGACUUUGAGGAUUUCCCCGACGACGAGCCUUCUGCGAUUGAUUCUUCCAGGCCCCCGGAGAGCUGGGAUUGGGACGCGGUCGACGGCGUCAAGUCGUCCACUCCAGCUCCAGCUCCUAAAUCCAGCACCACUAGCACCGCCAAGAAAGCAGCCCCUAAAACCAAGAAAGAAGCAUCACUGGCAACAGCCUCAGAAAUCCCUGACGACGCCCCGCCGCCCAUCAACAUUCCUCCUCCCUCCGUUAUCCUCUCCAUCUUCCCGCAGUUACUCGACCUUGCAAACUCGUCACUCUUCAAACCCACGUCCCAGCUAGCGGCACCCAUCCGGAAACGCAUCCUCGAAGACCCGAGCACGGUGAUCUUCCUCCGCGGCUACCUUCUCCUCGCCACCGUCGCCGCCCGCGUCAUCGCGGGCCGCAAGCUCCGCUGGCACCGCGACAAGUUCUUGUCCCAGGGCAUGGCCAUCUCCGCGGCCGGCGCAAAGGGCAUGAAGCUCGCGGGCGUGGACAAAGCGCAAUCGGCGCGCGAGGACCGCGAGGCGGCGGACGUGGUAGGCGUGUGGAGGGAGCACGUCGGCAGGCUCCGGUCAGCCGUCGCGGCGGCCAACUCCACCGCCGGCGCCAAGAAUCCGCGGGACCAGCUCCGCGUGCCCGAGCUCAACGAGACGAUUCCCGUCUCGACGGCCAAGGUGGUGCCCACUGCGCCCAAGCCGUGCGUCAUCUGCGGGCUGAAGCGCGACGAGCGGGUGAGCAAGGUGGACCAUGAGGUCGAGGACAGCUUUGGGGAGUGGUGGGUUGAGCAUUGGGGUCACAGGGCCUGCAAGAACUUUUGGGUCGAGCACGAGAAGCAGCUGCGUCAGAGGUAA